AUGGAUCGGCAGGCUCAUGACUAUGCAGCUGCUAUGGCAUUUUCCCAACAACAGCAACAAGCUGCUAAUAUCCAACAGCAGCAACAAUUUGGUUUUCAUCCACCACAACGCAAUUCCCCCCAUCAGUUCCUGUUUCCAUUCCAUCGUUCGAUGCAGCAGCCACAACUCCAACCCCUUCCUCCUCCCCAUCCCCACCUUCUUCAUCUCCAGCAGCAACGGCGGCCUCCGCCUGCUUUUCCUCCUCAUUUACCCCCUCACGCUGUUCCUCCACCUUUCCAUGGCCCGUAUGAUUCCACACCGCCCCUUGCUCCUCCUCCCCAUGAUCCUGAACUUCAAAAGCAUAUUGAUAAACUUGCUGAGUAUGUUGCCAAGAAUGGCCCUGAAUUUGAAGCCAUGGUCCGUGAAAAAGAGCAAGACAAUCCUGGGUACGGUUUCCUCUUUGGUGGUAAGGGGCAUAAUUACUACCGAUACAAGCUUUGGUUAUGUACACGCGCCCCUGGUGGCUCCUUCAAUCGUGCUUUCCCCUCCUCUUCAAUACCUUUGAUGCAUCAUCCUCUCAAUCCUAUGAUAAAUCCAUCACCUCUAAAUGCUUCUCAGUUGAGUUCCUCUGCUGCUGCUAUGAUGGGUUCACCUCAAAUGCAAACUCCUUUUCCACUGUUCUAUGAGCCACAACCCCAUCUGCAUUCUCAGCCUUUUGCCAGUAAUGGUCGACCAGACUUUGACCAGUCAACCAGGUCUUUCAAAGGUCUGUCUAGGCCACUGCCUUCUGAUGUUGUGAUGGAAAUGAUGUGCUUAACAAUCUUACUGGUACCAGAGUCAAUCAAAGGUGCCAAAAUUUGGUUCAUGCAGAGGUCCCCAUUUGCACCAGCUCUGGCUGAGGAGCUCAGAGACAGGGUGUUUGCUCUGGAUGAUUCUGAGAGACAAUUGCAUAUAAUUUACCUGGCCAAUGACAUUCUAUUUGACAGCUAA